AUGGUGCCACGGACAGCACUGGUUGUCCACCGUGGUGCUGAGGAGCCGCCCUCUAGUAUUCAGGAGUUGCCGCUCGUGAACUAUAGCAAGGCGCCAAGCCAGCCUGUGCUUUUGAACCACGAAAGAGUUGACUAUGGCCCGCUGAGAGGCUGGUGUGAGGCUAUUGAGCGCUUCCGAGACUAUCCGAUGGACGAACUACAGCAACUGAAGAGCGGGGGGCCGGAUGUGCUGCCGGUCCGCGUCAUCGAUUGUCACGAGCACGAGAUCGUAUCCGUACAGGAACCCCUCGACUACUUCGCGUUGAGUUACGUCUGGGGCCCGGCGUCGGUGGCGGCGCAAGACCCCGCGCCUCCUGGAAAAUCGCUUCCUGAGCAUCUGCCCGCUACGGUCGAGGAUGCCAUGACAGUGGUCAAGCAACUGGGCUACCGCUAUCUGUGGGUGGAUAGAUACUGCUUGGACCAGAGCGACACGGCCGAGUUCCAAGCGCAACUGAACCAGAUGGCCGACAUCUACAGGCAUGCUUUGGCGACCAUCAUCGCAGCGGCCGGCGAUAGCGCCGACUACGGGCUGCCUGGGGUGAGCAUCAGGGCUAGAGCCAGACAGCCUCGGAUCAGAAUUGGGGCCUACACUCUGUGGUCAUCCAUGACAGAUCCUCGCAAGGUCGUGCGUGAGACUAAGUGGAUGACCCGAGCCUGGACGUACCAGGAAGGUGUCUUCUCGGCGAACUGGAUCGCCUUCACCGACGAGCAGGUCUUCUUCCAACGGUCGAACAGAGAGUUGGCCAACCAAGAGAGGUGGUGGAAGGUCUCGUGCGAGAUGUUUCCCCAAGGGGGGCUUGGUGCCGCCGUUAACUGCCCAUUGCUGGCCAUGUUCGACAACGUCUGGAACAAUGCAGGGGAUAUUCACAGGCAACUUAUGAGGUACACAGCUCGGGACCUGACCUAUCAAUCGGACAGCAUCAAAGGCAUGUUGGGUCUGGUGAAACGAUGCGGAGUCGGCCCGUAUCCCAUCAACCACUAUCUCGGAGUUCCAGUCCUGGGACCUUUGAUUAAUCACCGAAAAGCUAUAGGACGGGACCCGAGUCGAACUUGGACGUUGACCGAAGCAUUCUUGGUGAGUAUGUUCUGGAAAUCUGAGGGCCCCGGACCUCGUAGACCAGAGUUCCCUUCCUGGUCAUGGGCCGGGUGGAGAGCAGUCUACGCAGCACCCAGCCAUGGAUUAUUGCAUCUCGGGCUGUCAUUCCAGAGCGCUGUUGGUUUCAAACUAUCAGUCCGAGUGGCCGAAGGUUUGCUCGACUGGGAGGCCAUGUGCCGUGCCAAAGACUGGGACCUGUACGAAGACAUCAGUCUCCUGCCACAUGAGCUAUACCUACAGGCUCCAACGGUUCCCCUAACAGUCUGUCGAGACCCAAGGUCCAAACUGGCUUCCUGGGCAUCGGGAACAGCUGCACACGCAGCGGACCCAGAGACUAUGAAGUUUUGCGCGAUAUUCCAAGAGGCCGACUGCGACGUAUUGACUGAGGUCAGCUUGGUGGAUGCCGGGGUGGAACAAAGGAUCAUGGACACAGGCUCCAUCUCUCUGAAAGGCAUCCUCCUUCGUCAGAGGAAGGAGGGGAUGGUCGAGAAGCCCUAUUACCACGACCAAGUUAUCUGCUGUGUCCUGGUCGUCCUCGAGGGCCAGGACGGGGCCACUCGGGUGGGGAGUCUGGAGCUUCGUCCUGAGAAUUACUUUGUUCGCUGGAAGAGCAACGUCCAGCAUCGGGGUGCGAAAGAAGGUCACACCUGGGUGGCUGGGCAGUCGAAGCCGUACGUGGAGUGUGAUGAGUGUCGGCAGCGGGCAUUUCGGAGCAUUGUCGAUGGUCGGAAAGAGGAGACUAUCAAGCUGAAAUGA